CGGCAGCAGGAGCAGCAGCAGCAACCAUGUCGGACACGAAGACACAGCCCGCGGUGACGCUCCGCACCCGCAAGUUCAUGACGAACCGCCUCCUCUCCCGCAAGCAGUUCGUGCUCGAGGUGAUCCACCCCGGCCGCGCCAACGUCUCCAAGGCGGAUCUCAAGGAUAAGCUGUCGAGGAUUUACGACGUCAAGGACUCGAACUGCAUCUUCGUCUUCAAGUUCCGCACCCACUUCGGAGGCGGCAAGUCCACCGGCUUCGGCCUCAUCUACGACAGCCUCGAGGCCGCCAAGAAGUUCGAGCCCAAGUACAGGCUCAUCAGGAAUGGUCUGGCCACGAAGGUAGAGAAGUCACGUAAGCAGAUCAAGGAGAGGAAGAACAGGACCAAGAAGAUCCGUGGUGUGAAGAAGACCAAGGCUGGGGAAGCAGCAAAGAAGAAGUGAGGAGAAAUAGUUAUGCGCCUUCUGUUUCAGUCUGUGCACUGUCUAUUUUUGUACCCCUAUGGACAUGCAGUCUUGGUAGCACUGGUGUUGAACCCUUGAUCUACUAGAAAGAGAUUUUUGAGCUUUUACAUCUUAUCCUGUUACAUUGGUGUGUCAUUGACUUGGGUAUUGAUCAACAUGUGUGGCUGGUCUACAAUUUAAUUGCUAAUAGCGUUCUGUUUCUUCA